AUGGAGAGCACUCAGAUGUACCUUAAGGAGGAUUCAGAUUAUCAGGGUGACGACAUAGAGGAGCAGGAGAUGGGUGGAGAUGGAGGCGAUCUUGAUACCGAAGAGGGAGAUCGGGAUGGAUAUGAUGAGGAGGACAAGGAGGAGGACAAUGAGGAGGAUUGGGAGGAGGAUGAGAAGGAUGAGGAUGAGGAUGAGGAGGACAAGUUAGGUACAGUUCAUCACUCCAGGGAGGAUACCAGAGCCCUAGAUCCACCAAGUCCCACUAUAGGCAGAGAGGGAUCCCAUAAGAAUGUUACUGAUGAAAAUAAUUCUCUCUAUCUUGCAGCUACUCUCCAGGAGUGGUGUUCUCUAAUUGAGAAUGUAAUGACGGACCUUAUUGUGACUGCACAUUGCUUCAAUGGCGAUUGGUUGCAUUUUCUUUUUAAAAAAUUAUUGGCUGCCAAUAACCGUGUACAAGGAAAAUGCAUUAUGCAUUGCAAAUCUGUCAAUGGAUUUACCUGGAGUCUCAAAACUCUCCAAACAUCACGCUAA